GUUGGGAAGCUUGUUCGCAUCGGCGGAUGGGUGAAGACGGGCAGGGACGCCGGUGCUGGGGCCUGGUGCUUCCUGGAGGUCAACGACGGCUCAUGCUUCAACAACCUGCAGGUUAUAGUCAACCAAGAGGUUGCAGCAGAGGUGGGUGGGUUGCGGCAGCUGACCCCCACGGGGACGUGCGUUCUCAUUGAGGGUCUCCUGUCAGAAACCCCGGAAGGAACAAUGCAGGCUGUGGAGGUGAAAGGCCAGAAAGUCCUCCAUGUGGGCAAAUGUGACCCUGCAACGUAUCCCAUGGCCAAGAAACGCCAGACGAUGGAGUUCCUGCGUGAGAAGAUGCACCUGCGGGCUCGGACCAACACCAUCGGUGCUGUUGCCCGGAUUCGCAACGCCCUGGCACGUGCCACACAUCUUUUCUUCCAAGAGCACGGUUUCCUGUACAUGCACUCGCCACUCGUUACAACGAGUGAUUGUGAAGGUGCAGGGGAGAUGUUCCAGGUGACCACUCUGCUCAGCAAAGUUGAUGAGGAGUCUAAGAGGCCAACAGUGUCGGCUGAGGAUGUGGAGCACCUGGCAGUGGAGGUAGAGAAACAGGGCGCUGUCGUGAAAGAGGCCAAGGCGGCUGCUGCAGGGGACAAGGGGAACAAAGAGCUGAAAUCAACUGCAGAUGCUGAGGUGGCAAAGCUGUUGGCACUUAAGAAGGAACAACAAGAGGUGACAAAGAGGGCCCGUUAUGUGGGUGGACUUGCACGUCUUGCUGAUGGCAGAGUGGACUACAGCGAGGACUUUUUCUCCAAGCCAGCAUUCCUCACAGUUUCUGGCCAACUGCAGGGCGAAUACUACGCGUGCGGGCUGACAAGCAUCUACACCUUCGGCCCCACCUUCAGGGCGGAAGACUCCAACACAUCCAGGCACCUGGCCGAGUUUUGGAUGAUCGAACCAGAGAUCGCCUUCUGCGACCUGACGGACUGCAUGAAGUGUGCCGAGGACUAUGUGCAGUUCUGCUGCCGCCACGUGCUGGAACACUGCAAGCAGGACAUGGCCUUCAUUAACAAGCUCAUAGACAAGGGCGCGAUUGAGAGGGUGGAGCGAGUGUCUAGACAGGAGUUCAAGAGGCUGUCGUACACAGAGGCAAUCGAGAUCCUGCAGGAGGCAGUGAAGUCCAAGAAGAAGAAGUUUGUGGAGAAGGUCGAAUGGGGCGUUGAUCUGGCAAGCGAACAUGAACGUUACAUUGCUGAGGAAGUUUUCCAACAACCUGUCACUGUGUAUGACUACCCAAAAGACAUAAAGGCCUUCUACAUGAAACUCAACCCAGAUGACAAGACAGUCCGGGCCAUGGAUGUGUUAGUGCCAAAGGUUGGAGAGCUCAUCGGUGGCUCGCAGCGCGAAGAUGUCUAUGAGGUUCUGAAGGCUCGAAUGGAGCAGUUGGGCAUGGAUCCAGCACCGUAUGAGGGCUACCUAGACAUCAGAAAAUAUGGUUCUGUGCCUCAUUCUGGCUUCGGUCUGGGCUUCGAGAGGCUCAUCAUGUUUGUCACCGGCAUCAGCAACAUCCGGGACGUCAUUCCAUUCCCCAGAUACCCCGGAAAUGCUAUGUAUUGA